CCAUUGUAGUGUGUUUUUCCAUUUCUAUUAGAAAAUUAUCAAAUUCUUCCAUUAAGGCAUGGCAAAAAACAAUAACGUAGUGCUUCUAGGAUACGAGGACGAACUAAUUACAGAAAAACAUGGAGGCCAAGUGGAUUAUACUGUUAACAAAAUCGGCGGAGAACCUGACUUUCCUCACCUAAUCAAUAAAAUUGAAAAACUACUCCUCUGCAUACUAUGCAAUCUUCCUAGCCGUCAAAUAGUCCAGAUAUACGCCCCAUUAGAAAACACAAAAGACCAUCGAACACUCUACGUAUUUGCCUGUAUCAAUCCUACAUGCCAUAAUAGAAGUGAAAGUUGGACAUGCCUGAGAGUUCAAGCCAAAAACAUAGAAGUGACAGAGCCCAAGGAAAGUGUCGCUUCAGGUCCUAAACUCAGUUCAACUGAUUGGUGUCCUGAGGCAGAUGAUUGGGGCGAUGAUGACGAUGAUAAUGGUAAUUUGGAUACAGCAAACUGUAAUGUAAUUACCAACAGCAUUGACAAUAAUAAGCCAUCCGACGAUGAAGAAAGUAGCAGCUAUGAUGAUUCAGUGAGAUCAGGAUUUAGGAAUUUGUCUAUUGAUGAAAAAAAUGCCAAUAAUGGUGCACAAGGUGGUGCAGUCGCUCGUCUACAUUCUCCAAUGGCGACAGCCGAAAUUGAAGGAGAAGAAGAUGGAGAAGUCGUAACAGUGGAAAGUCCAACCACUCCACAAACCAACUUGGUGGCUCUUCUUCAAGGAGGACAGACAAAUAUGGAUACUGUCCCUUUACAUGCGCCUUUUUUAGCUUAUUUUUUGUCUGUCUAUCCAGAAGAACCGGACACGCUUCUGGUACCUGCAUUGGAUGAUCAUGUCAAAGAGCUUCUAAGCGACUAUCAACGCAAAGAUGCCGAUUUUCUUUUAUCGCACAACAAAGAUAGCAAAAAUAAAGGCAAACCUGAAGGUGAUGUCGAAAUGGCCGCCGAAGAAUAUGAAAAAAGCCAUCCCUUGCACGGCGAUAAAAUGUUCCACCAUUUCGUCACAAAAAUCAAAUCAAAUCCUGAACAAGUUUUAAGGUACUGUCGUGAAGGUUCUCCUUUACUUCUCUAUCCUCUCCAAGAACCCCUGAAAAAAUGCAAGCACUGUCAAAAGGAGCUAGUCUUUGAAUUCCAACUAAUCCCUACUAUAAUUUCCAAGUUACGACUAGAAUGUGACGCUAAUCAUUUAAAUAGAUUGGAUUUUGGCACUGUGCUUAUUUACACUUGCAAAAAUAGCUGUUGGGGUGCAAACGAUGCAUUCAAAGAGGAAAUAGUUGUCGUGCAAAAGGAAACAUUUUAAGAGUUUAUUGAAUUUAAAAUAAUAGCGAUUGUUAUUGUAGAUGUCAAUUGCUUGGUAUUUCAGCAAGCACAUAGAUUUUUCCUAAACGACAGUUUUUUCACAAAAAUUGUAUUCUGUUCACAAGACUUGAAAUUAGAUAAGUUUAUGCCUUGUGAGGCAAAUUCUAUGUAGGUACCUUUUUUUGUGUAUAGAAAUGGAACAUUUUCCUGAAAUAGAUAUACAAAGUACAACGAUUUUGUGGCCUGUCUAUAAGCUGUGCCUGAGCAUUUUCUAUGUAUUAAUUUAUUGCACUUCGGAAGCGAAUACACAUUUCUUAAUAUGCUUUUAUACUGAAUGAGGAAUAACAAUGAAAUCGAAGGUCAAGGUUUUGAAUGCAAAAUUAUUGUAAAUACCUAAAGGCAAAAUAACUCUUGAAAAACAAAAAAAAAAAAAACAGUGUUCAGAAUGGGCGCUUUCUUUUCUUCACCGAUGAAUCCAUCGAUGACCAGUCUAUCUUUGUCUAGUUCAUAGAAAAUCGGAAUGGCUAUCAGCAAAUUGUUCCAUUGAUGAAUAAAGGAAUUCGCCCAAUGUGUCUAGCCAUCAAAAUAGUUGAUAGUCAGAUCGAUACUCCCAGAAAAGUUGAUGACGAAGCCUUUGUGUUUUGUGUUUAAGAUUUGGGGUAGCAAAGAAUCGCCAACUAAAAUAAUGUCUUUAAUGCUGCAAUACUUUUAGAAUCUUUAGGAGACUUUUGUAUUUGCGGCGAAUGACAAGCUUGCAGUAUUUUUUCCUGAUAUUUGUGUUUUUAAAAGUGUGAUAAUUUUAAUUAAAAUGCAAUAAUUAGGUACCUUUUUUUUGUUUUUUAUCUUUUUUUUUUCCUGUUAUUCUUCAUUUUUCAGAAUUUUGUUUUGUUGGAGGUAUUCUUUUUUCAGUGUUCUCUUUUUUCUUCUGUUAUCUCAUGGUUCUCUUUUUUCCUUGUUCUGUAUUAUGACUGUUUUGUUUUUUCAUGCUAUGUUCUUUAUCGUUCUGUUCUUUCAUAGAAUCGUUUUAAUGGUUUCGCAAUGUCACAAAAGUUUCUCCACAUGUCUGAGGCAGGUACAUUUUGGAAGACACUCAUGCCAUACUCUUGUAACCCUAUCCUUCACUUUAAUGGUAGUUGCGAGAGUAUAGUUUUGUUGUGAAAGUUUUAAGAAAU